AUGACGGAGUUGCUUUUAGCUCAGUCACCUAUUCCUUCCUCUCAAGAGCUUGUUUCUUCUCAAUAUAUCCCCAUGUCUCAAGAAUGUACAUACAAUGGAAAGUUGGUAAUUAAAAGAUCUUGCAAGGCGGCUGAAUGGGAGUUUAUUAUAAAAGGUGUUGGUCAAGAGUUUUAUGGAGGACGAUAUGAAUCUCGUCUUGUUGUUGAGAAAUAUAACCAUUUUUUUGGUCGCAGGGGUCACUUAUUCCUCAAGGCCUAUAACGGGGAACAUAAAUGUUGUGCUGGUUAUAGUGAUGCAACAAAGGCUGAUCCGGUUACGCGCGAACUUAUCAAGAGUUUGAUAUUUGAGCAGAUUGAACAGAAUCCCAACAAGAAAGCCAGGGAUAUUGUUAGAGAACUCAAAAGUGAUUAUGGGUUGGAAGUGAGUUACGAUCAGGCGCAUGCCGGGAAAGAAUUAUUUUUCAAGGAAUUGUAUGGCGAGGACAUUAAAUCAUACACUGACUUGAGAUGGUGGUGUGAAGACGUGAAGAAACACGAUCCAGGUAGUAGGGCUGAUUUAGUUGUUGAAGCUUUCCUAACUGGAAAAUUUAGGGGUUGUCUUAUGGCGGCUACCGGGAAGAAUGCGAAUAAUGGAAUAUUUCCUCUGGCAUAUGGUAUCGUAUCAGCUGAAACUGUGGAGAAUUGGCAUUGGUUCUUGAAGAAACUAGAAUUUAUCUUGGGUCCUCGUGUACUAACUUUUAUUUCGGAUCGCCAUGAGGGUUUGAUCCAAGGGAUUCGUGAUGUUUUCCCAACUUUCUAUCAUGCUUGGUGUUACCAGCAUUUGAAGAAUAAUGUCUGCAGUAAGACCAACAAGAAAAAGGGAGAGCAUUGUGCUGCGAUGGGUUUGUUCAAAGAAUGUUUCUAUUCAUCGACUCAUGAAGGCUUUGAUCAGGGUAUGCAAAAGUUGAAGGAUAUGGGAUGUGAUGGUCUUCACAAAUUCUUGAGUGAGAUUCCAGUGGAAUGUUGGUCCAAUGCACAUUGUCUGGGCUGUUGUUACGGCGACAUGCAAGGAAGAGGAAGGGGGCGACGUAUAAAGGAUUCAUUUGUCCCAGGCUAG